AUGUCUCCCGCUCUGCGAGCGAGUCGUCCUACCACCGCCAGCAAGAAACGGCUGCAAGCUGCAACCGGCUCUGGCUGUCGGAGGAGUGGACGAUUGCAAAACAAGCCUCCAAUUUUCUACGCCCAAACUGCCCACCGAAACCGCACUGAACAAACGUACUCUGUGGAAUCGAAACUGGAAUCUCCAAAACUCCCGCCCUCUAUCCAUAGCCUGACGAAGGAGAACCUACGAAUACUCAACGAGGAAGAGAUGGUCAAGAGGAAAAGAAUCGGCAAAGAGACCAUAACAACCACAAAGCGGACCCAAACUCUGAGCAAGCAAGCGCCUAGCACUAAUGGCGGCUAUCGCAUCCACCGUCUCAAUGUCGUUAAUGUCUUCUUUGAUGAUGAUAUUCCUGACUCCUUCCAAGCUGCGAUCGACAACAUUGUGAAAGCAAAAGUUCCGUCCGAGGAGCGCCGAGCUGUGAUUUACAACACCGCUGAAAGAUUGUACAAUUGUUGUCGGGAGAUCAGUGACACUAAAAGUAUGGAAGGAAGUUAUGUUGGUCUUUGUCGUGAUGCGCUUCGGGAUAUGUUGAGACCGAAUAUCUCCCUUCAACAUGAAGCCGAUUGGCGAUAUGAAUUCAAGCCAGGUAUAUCAAAGGGCAAACCGAUUUUCCGAGAUGACCAAGGGGCUCCCGCAAUCAGAACACCUUGUCCGGGUAUCACAAUUGGUAUGGGCGGAAAAGCGUUCUUGAACUCUCUCUCCUCUCCGGCUUUCUCCCAAACUCAGGCCCAGGAAUUUCUUCGAAGGCUUCAGACAGAAUACGACUCCCUAGACCAGAACGAAGAAAAGCUACUCCUGACGGUCUUGGAAACUGGUCGCGUAUUCUUUCCAUUUGCGACUCUUGAGGCAAGGGCUUACCUAUCAGGGAAGCAAAUCUCCGAAGCACAAAAUCAGGCCGCCGUUUCGGGAGCGAGUGCCCUAAAUUUUCAGCUUCAUCUUACGGAGAUGGCGAAGGGCGCAGCCUCGGAGUUUGACGAUAGUGAAUAUCAAUAUCCUCUCUUCUUUUCCAUUUGCACCGAAGGACCCUACCACGAGCUGUGGGCUCACUACACCUGCGUCGAGGAAGGUCGGCGUAUCUUCAACAUGAAGCUGGUCAAGAUCUGCAACGCGAUGCUGAAAGAGACCAUCGAAGACUUCUUCAUUGCGGUGGAUAAUGUGUUGCGCUGGGGUGCCGACACGUUUCUGAAAUCGGUGGCAGACCGGAUGCGUUUGGUGGCAAUCAAGGCAUUGACCCAAGUCGACGGAACGAACCCAGCGAACUGA